CCACGAUUGGAGUGUUGGAUUUUUUGAUAGGUGGACCAUGGAGUUAUGGUCACGUGACCAACAUCCACGCCGAUACAAAUGUCGCGGUGGGCUCUUCUGCUGUAACUACGCCGUUUGAGACCUUCACGGCAAGGUAUUUUGUAUCUCAAGCUGAAGACUUGGACCUAUAAACCGAGCGGACCAGUGUGAAGACCACGUCAUGAACGGUUUUACGAAUCCUUUGGACUCUCAUGGCGCUGUUCCGAUAGAGCUCAUUCUGCAUUUUGCGGUGAACCAACCAGAAGCUAUUUGAAAGGUUGUCAGAACCUAGAAGAAAUGAAAGCUAUUCUGCUGAAGCUCGCGGUUUUUCUGAGCGCGCUGCAAAGCAUCACGAGCGAGCUGAGUAUUCCAGACCCAACUGAUGGCCAUCGCGCCUCUAUCAUUGAAGCCAAGUCCAAAAUGAUCCACAACGUCGAGCGAACGUACUCUAUCGGCGACCAAACGUUCCAGUUGAACCCAGGCCCAGAGGUGUCUACGUCGUCAAUGCUGUACUUCGAGCAUCUGGUAAUGCAGGCCACUGCACUCACAGCGACGACCAAUUUCAAUGCGUCCCAGAUCGAAACGUUCCUGCAGGAGCGACUUCCGUUUAUUUCCGAGAACGAUUUCCGGCAAGCGUAUGAAGAUUUAGCGUCCACCGGAAUGAUCGAAGAGCCUUUGGCACUGGACUCUAGUGACGAGAACUUCGGCGCUAUGCGGCUCAGCAUCCUCGGCAACAACUUAAGACUGGUACAUGCUGGAGAGUACGGGAACAAUUUGAGGGAGAUCUCACCAAGUUUGUUUAUUGACGUCUGCGGUGAAUUGACGUUGUCCAGUACGGUAAAACACCGCAAGUUGUUUGUCGCCGAUUUCUCCGAUUAUGGCGAACUCACCGACGAAGCUGCGAAAGAGUUCAAGUACAUCCCCAACGUCGUCGGAUUCUUCUGCAAUAACGUGGACAAACAACGGCUACUCCCACUGGCGAUUACACUAGUGGACUCUUGUCUGACCUACACGAAAGCAGACUCUCCAGGUGAAUGGCAAAUGGCAAAGAUGGCACUGCAUGCAACGGAGGUGAACUUUCAGCAGAUGCGGCACUUUGUCGAGACCCACUUGAUCUCCGUCCCAGUUCAAGUCGAAAUGAUGCGAAGUCUAUCAACCGAACACCCCGUAUACGCCUUGCUGGACUACCAUUUCUUCGCAGAUUUCGGGAUGGAGUAUUUUGCUAGACGAGAGCUGUUGAGUCCAGGUACACCAUACGACCAAGUCACAGGCUAUGGCGCUACAGGGUCCGUGCGUGCAGUGAUGCGAGAGUUCGAAACAACGUCUGUAGAACUCGAUCUUCCAACGGACUUGGCUGCUCGCGAGGUGGAGUCGUUAACCGAUUAUCGCCUGAAUAGGUAUGGCAUGAAGUACUACAACAUCAUCAAGAGGUUUGUAUGGAAGUACGUGAAGGCGUACUACCCAACCGAGAAGGCUAUUCGAGACGACACGGAGCUUCAGACGUGGGCUGAACGGAGCUCCCAACUCGAGCAUAUCCACGGAUUCCCUGUAUCGUUUACAGGUUUCGACAAUCUUGUGCGAGUAUUAACGCAUUUCAUCUUCGAGAACGCCAUCAAACACCAUUUCAUGAACGGGCAUGCGUCAUGGCACAGCAUCGCGCCUCCGUAUCACGCCCCGGCGCUCUACAACAAGCCGUUACCGACUAAGAAAGGCGAGGAGGUGAAUCCACUUGACUACGCAGUUCCGAGUGAGACCGUACCCAAGAUGGCCUACUUGUACUCGUGGUUCACACGAGAAGUGCCUGUGAACGCCUCGGCACUGCAUUUCUACCAGACAGAUCCCUUCACAAGCGAGGCUGUACUUGUGGAACCCAUUCGAGAAUUUCAGCAGAGCAUGUACGACAUGGAACACUUUGUAGACUUUGCUGAAAGUCAUGAAGUGCAUCCGAUUGAUAUCUUCAAGCCGUCAUCACUGCCAUUUUAUUCUUUCAUUUGAAGCUAGUAAAUAACGUUAAAAUUUACAACUUUUUUAUUCCAACAACUUCAACUUGAGAAAUACAAUAAUCGAG